AUGAUUGUAUGUCCCACAUCGUCGAAAGUACAUACGACAAGGAAGUCCAAUAAGGCCAUAUAUACUACGGGUCAAACUCAAUUGGUGUUCUAUGACACCCCUGGCUUGGUAACACAAAAAGAAAUCAAUAAACACAAAUUGGAAAAAUCAUUUAAAAGUUCUUACCGUCAUGCCAUUCAACAUGCUGAUAUGAUAGCCGUUAUGCAUGAUGUCUCCAAUACCUGGACGCGUAAACAAUUACAUCCAACUGUUAUAGAUAGCCUGAAGGCAUAUCCUCAAUUGCCAAGUGUUUUAAUAUUAAAUAAAAUUGAUGCAUUAAAAUCGAAACGUAUCACAUUGGAGUUGAUACGGAUACUCACGAAUAAUACCCUGAGUGGUAGGAAACAUAAUCGAAUUGGUAAGAAAUUGACAUUGGAUGAAUCGAAAAAGGAUGAAGAUGAGAAGCCGGCGGUGGAAUUUGGUGAUUUGCUGACCAAUGAGGGUACAUGGAGUAAUUUUAGUGAUGUCUUUUUGGUAUCAUCCAUAACUGGGAGUGGGCUGAAUAAAGUUCACGAUUACUUCUUAAAUGCGGCCAAAUCCCGCAACUGGGAAUUCCCCAGCGACACAUUUACAGAUGAACCCCCAGAGGAGUUAAUUGUGGCUAGUGUUAAGGCCCGUCUUUUGGACUAUUUGCCACAGGAGAUACCAUAUAAUUUGGAAACAUGCAUUGAAUACUACAAUGUCCAUAAUGACACAAUUUAUGCUUCGGUGGAAGUGGUUUGUCCCACAAAACGUGUUGAACGUUUAAUAUGCGGUGAAUCCAAUGGCAGACUUAGGCAGAUUACGGAACGUGUCACCUCGGAUUUAGUGGAGACCUUUGGCAAACCAAUAUCCUUUACAAACGGAAGUAUUAAAAAUGACUUCAUUAAAAUGUAA